AUGACGAGCGGGGAUAUUGUUUAUGACAAGAUCCACCUCAGACAUGACUCAAAAUGGCUGGGCCGCCUGGGGCCGCCAGACGGAGGCGGGGUGCUGCUGUGUGUCGCCUGUGUCAUCGAAAUGAUGGAGAGUGAUGAUAUUGCGUCAGUGAGGAAGUCUGUGGCCCUCUCUGGUGUCAGUGGGGUGCUGAAGGUUUCUCCAGGGGCCCUGAGAGAGCUGCUCCAGCAGGACCACAGAGUCACCCUGCAUUUCAUAGCCUCACUAUUGGGGAUGCUUCGCUCUGUAGAGGACCCAGCCACUCUGGAACAGGUCGUCCAAGUGCUGGUUCAGCUUCUUCUAGAGCUCCACAGUGAGCAGUACAUUCGCUUUGUUUUGGAUGAAAUACACACACAGCUGAAGGACCAGCUCAGUUUGAGAGGUUUCCUGCCCACCUUCACCUUCCUGGGGAGGCUGAUGGAAGUUUUUCCCAACUUGGCACAGAUCCUGGUAGCUCAGUAUGCACCCUUUCUGGAGUGCCUGUGCUCGGCCCUGCUCUACCCGGAUGAGGGGCUGAAGGCGUCACUCUUCUAUGUGUGGCAGAGGGUGUUCAGGGCAGCUGGGGGCACAGCAGCCCAGUCCCUGCCAGUCGCCAUCAGGGACAGAGUGUGUAUCCUGUUGCUGCAGACCUUAGCCAACGCUGGUUUCCCUCAGCUCAUCAUCAACUGCCUGGGUCUGCUGAAGCAGCUGGUGCGGCUCAGGGAGGCAGUGUCAGUUCUGAUGAACAGCCCCAGCGAUCAGAUCCUGUCAGAGGCGGACCAGAACCUGCACACCAACAACAAUCAGAUCCUCAUCCAGAACCAAGAGCAACAGCCCCCGGACCUCUGCCCUCUGCCACUCAUACUGAAAAAGCUGCUGCUGAGUGGCGAUGAGAUGUUGCAGGUGGCCAGUGCUCAGUGUAUGGCAUUCAUCCUGGUUCAUUCCCCUAGUCAGUACUCUGCUCCCUUCAUCCUUGCUGAUGUACCUGAGUUUCUGUUUGAGCGUCUGGCUAGCAGUAGCAGUGAGGUGCUGCUGUGGUCUGUCUACAGCUGCCUGCUGCCGCUGACAGAGGAUCCGCUGUUCUUCUCCAAGUGUCACUCUGUCUACGGUAUUGAGUCCCUUGUGCGCAGUCUGAAGGAGGCUCUGAGACUGACCAACCUGGAACUGCAGAAACAAGGCCUGCUGCUCCUCACUGAGAUACUGGAACGGCAGCCCUCAGGUGUGCGUCUGUUCCCCAGUGGCCCAGGCUUUGCUGCCGUGUCAGAGGCCGUGGUAACUGGAGUCUCUUCUUCCUGUCUGCAGGUGGCCACACAGGCUGCCCACGCUGCUUCUGCCCUCCUCCGACUGAACCACCAGUCCAGCCCAGUUCAGUACAAGGAAAUACAGACGUUGAUAGAGGCCAUCACCAACAGAUGCUCUGAGCUUCCCCUACCUUCCUCUGCUCAUCGACGAAGCACUGUGAGUGGCGGCCAGAAGAGCCAGGCCUCCAGGUCUAGAGGGCUUCUGCUCCAGGCCCUGGUCUGUUUUCAGGCUGCCUGCAGGCUGGCAGAGCAGUGUGCGUCAGAGCCCUUUCUGAAGGAGAACGCCUUUACGGCUCCCUCUAAACAAGGACAGGCUCAGAACUCACUGGAGUCUCUGUGUCGGUGUCUGCUGCACUGCUGCGACACCGUCUGCAUACCCACCGUCACAAGGAUGUGUGAGCAUGCUCCCAGUGUCCAGAUGCUGCAGUGCUUCUACUCCAUCCUGUCCUCUCAGUUUACCCUCUUCCCCUCUCUCAUGCCCCUCUUUGCCUGCAAGCUUGCAUCCUCUGGUUUCUACAGGCUGGCUCUGGAACACAAAGCUCUCCUCUGUGUAGGAAACAGGAACUCAAAUCUGAACGCAUCUUGCUGUGGUUUUCUGCAGAAACUCAGUGUGUGUCUGCUUUCUCAGGUGCACCAUGCAACAUGCUCCGACCAACAUGAUACCGAGGAUGUGGAGGAUCUCUUGCAGUGCGGCCUGCCCUCUCUGUGCUGCCAUGUGUCAGACUGGCCGCCUCUGCUGCGCGAGGCCCCCGGGCUCCUGCUUUCUGACUCUCAUGGAGCCAGAGCCACUCAGUACUGUCUGAUCAUAAUGUUACACCUUGCCCUGCAGCAAGGAGACAGGCUCCUCCCAGACCAGACAGUGUUCUCCAGUGUGGUGUGGCUGUUGCGCUCGGUGCAGGAGCAGGGUGACUGUCCUUUGCCACGCUCUGUGCUUAGGUCUGCCCUCUUCUUGCUGGCAGUAACCCAGGACAAGAGCCCCAAGCUUGACUGGGCUCCUUUGAACUGCAUCAGCAAGACCCUGUCUUCAUGCCAGAGUUUCUCUUCCCUCUACUUUCACCAUCCUCCACUCCUCCACUUCAUAUUUUGCUACUUGGAGCUUGCAGAGAAAUUUGGGCCACUGGUGUUGGAGCUAUGGCUGACCCAGCAAGCCAGGCACACAGAACCAGAGCUGAAUGCAGUGAAGGAGCAGCAGGAGCAGCAGCCAGACCCAGACACCGUGGAGCUCCUGGCUCUGAUUGAAAAGCACCCAGCCGUCAUACUGAUCCUGCUGGACAUGGUGUGUACCAAGGAGGCUGCCCUGGCAGAGCGGGCCCUCAGGGUGCUGAGUGUUUUCUUGCAGGGACAGAGGGGCUGUGAGGCCGAGCUGUGUGCACAGCUCAGACCAGCCCUGCUUCAAGCAUUACAGAGACUCAGUGUAGAAAACAGCCAUAGACUAGGACAGGGACACAAUGCAGGGGCAGUGGCCUCUCUCCCUGUGGUGCUGAAGUUGCUCUGCGUGAUGCAGGCCAGUGACUCGCCCUCCUUUUCCUCCAACAGCGACACGGAUGGAACACACUUCAAGCUUCUGUACCAUGUGAGUAAUCUAGCUGGGAAGUUGAAGCCCACCAACACAGACAGCCUGCUGCCUGCCUUCAGCUACCUGUACAGCUGCCUGAGUCUGUCUCCUGCACACUGCACUGACAGAGCUGUCUCCAUGCUGCUUUCCAACAGUGGACUGAUGGACCAGCUACAGACCAUCCUCUCCUCCUCCUCCUUUUCCUUGUCCUCCUCCUCUCCAUCCGUCUUUUCCUCCUCAGCCCUGCUGUGCUGCUGCCGUCUCCUCAUGUCCUCCCUCAUUACCUUACAGCAUGUUCACGCCGCUCAGGUACAUAAGAGAAUCAGUUGGAGUCUGGACAGCGCCGUGCAGUGUCUGCUGUUUCAGAAAGGAAACACAGACAGUUUCUUGCUAGUCAGUUCUCUGAGGUUGCUGCAGGCUCUUCUUGAUGUCGACCUGGUGUCACCGCUGGUGUGUGUGAGCACCAGUUCUGACCUGGCUGGGCCAAGACCCCUGAGCGCCACAGACAGCGCCUUGUACCCACUUGGCUCCCGAGGGGCCCGCUGCCUCACAGCUGUUCUCUAUGGACUUCUUUUACAGAAGCAGGAGCUGUUGCUGAGAGUCUCAUUGAACUGCCUCGGCUCCCUGCUGAGCUUUCUGCACCGGAAGAGUCCCACCACAGCCCAAUAUGUUGUGUGCCAGCCCUGGAGUCGAUUCCUCCUCUACUCGCUGCUCAACUCAGGAGAGAGCUGCCUCCUGCACCCUGCCACGCUCACACUCAUCACACUUCUCCUGCAGCAGGGCAGUACGACGGUGCUGUGGGAUCCUGAUGUGCUGAAGGUGAUGCAGGUGGCGGAGAGGACGGGUGUGGCGGAGCUCAGCCAGGAAGCUGCACAGGCCCUCAGGCUGCUCCUCACACAGCUCCAGAGCAGCGUUGUGCAGCCACCACUCACAGAGGAGCACAGACGGAGAGUAAAGAGCAUGAUGGAGUCCCUCGGCCCGAGCCUGAGCCACGGCCUGCCCGGCGCCAUCCUGCGAGUGGGAGACUUGUCCAUCUGUCUGUCUGACUUAGCACUGAGGGCAAGCGGCUGCUCUGGAAGACCAACACAUACAUUUUAGACAUUUAUCAGCUUCCCACUUUGUUAUUGUUUAUCUUUUUAUUUGAUUCUGUUUACACUGUGUGCUGAUGCAUGUUAACUACCCACAGUUUAUGUUGUAGCCUCGCUUUUCAAAUGAUUAAUUCUGUUCAUUUCAGACAAUUCAGCUCACAUCUGCAGACAGUGAUAAAUAAAAUGUGGUAAAUAUGUGUAAAUGAUGACUUUGCAUCAGUGAUCAUCAUAAGGCAAAUA